UAUAUUCUCCGAUCGGCUUCAACUGCCUAAUCUGGUUCCUCUCGUCUUCGUCCAUCCAAUAAUUUUCAUCAAUGGCGACGAUUAUUGACGGCAAGGCCAUCGCCCAAACAAUCCGGAACGAGAUCGCCGACGAAGUCCGAUCCCUCUCCCAAAAUUACAACAAAGUGCCGGGGCUGGCGGUGGUGAUCGUGGGCACGCGGAAGGACUCACUGAGCUACGUGAGCAUGAAGCGGAAGGCCUGCUCCGAGGUGGGCAUCCGGUCAUUCGACAUCGACCUCCCCGAGCAGAUCUCCGAGGCGGAAGUCAUCGCUAAGGUUCAUGAGUUGAACGACAACCCAGAUGUCCAUGGGAUUCUUGUUCAACUUCCCUUGCCAAAACACAUAAAUGAAGAGAACGUACUGAGUGAAAUCAGUAUUGAGAAAGAUGUUGAUGGAUUUCAUCCUCUAAAUAUUGGAAAGCUUGCAAUGAAAGGUAGAGAGCCAUUGUUUCAGCCCUGCACUCCAAAGGGAUGUCUUGAACUUCUAACUCGCAGUGGAAUCAGCUUAAAAGGAAAAAGAGCAGUUGUAGUUGGUCGGAGCAACAUUGUCGGGUUACCUGUUUCCCUUCUUCUUCUGAAAGCAGAUGCAACUGUAACCAUUGUUCACUCCCGCACUCUUAAUUCUGAAAGCAUUAUUCGUGAAGCGGACAUAGUCAUCGCUGCUGCUGGACAAGCGAAGAUGAUCAAGGGAGACUGGAUUAAGCCUGGUGCUGCAGUUAUUGAUGUCGGGACCAACGCCAUUGAUGAUCCAAGCAGGAAAUCAGGUUACAGGCUUGUUGGGGAUGUAGAUUUCGAAGAAGCAAGCAAGGUGGCCGGGUGUCUGACUCCGGUUCCUGGUGGCGUUGGCCCCAUGACUGUUGCGAUGUUGCUUAGGAACACAUUGGAUGGCGCUAAACGUAAAAUCGUGCAGUAAACAUGUUUUCUCUCUAUGGCAAUUCUGUUAUUGUUGUACACUGCAGAAUGGACCGUUUUUAAAGGCUUAAUUGCUAUUUUCCGUUCCGUGGCUAUAAUUGUGAUCAGCCAUAAAUCCAAAGAAAAACCAUUAGAUGGUCACUACAAACUAUCAAGUGUUAGUCAAAUCUAGGUUAAUUGUAAUAUCAAGUCUUAUAAUAAUAUUCCUAGUGACAUUAUUAUGCA